UUUACUUGCACCUAGAUGAAAAAUAAAUCUUGCAUCUAUAAUUAAAACUGAACAGCAUUGAGUCCCAUAAUCAGCAACAAAACGAAAAUCUGGUCUCCUAAUGAAGUGAGUGGUACCCCAUCUGAGGAUGUGAUGUAGUCGGUAGAUGUUGCUGUUGAGACAAUGUAAUACACAGCAUCACAGAGGUAUUGCGCACGCCUCUGACAGGCAUUGGGUGUGUAUGUGUGUGCCUGCCUCCGUGCCUCGACCCACAGCCCAUAGCCUGAAUAACAUUAGGAGGAAAAUGGACGGAGUGGGUUCAUUUGGCGCUGGAAGAGCCGGGGCUGCAUUCGACCCUAUUGCCUUCAUUCAACAGCCGCAGACCAUCCUCAGAAUAUUAUCAUGGAUCUUCUCAAUGGUGGUGUUUGGAUCCAUAAUAAAUGAAGGCUAUGUCAACCAUGGCAGUGAGAGGCUCUAUUGUGUUUUCAACAAAAACAACAAUGCUUGCAACUAUGGGACCGCCAUUGGGCUUAUUGCCUUUAUAGCCAGUAUUUUUUUCCUUAUCCUUGACAUGAAGUUCCAGCAAAUCAGCAGCAUUAAAGACAGGAAGAAGGCAGUAAUGCUGGACAUUGGAUUUUCAGGUUUCUGGGCAUUUUUAUGGUUUGUCGGUUUCUGUUUUUUGGCCAACCAAUGGCAGCGCACCACUCCAGAUGAGCUUCCUUUAAACCAGGGAGCGGAUGCUGCCAGGGCUGCUAUUACCUUCUCCUUCUUCUCCAUCUUUACUUGGGCUGGCUUGACUGUAAGAGCAGUGCAGAAGUACAUGCUAGGAACCGACAUGUCCCUCUUCACCACAGAACACACGAUUGACGGCAUUCCACCCGUCCAACCCUACCCCACCGUCCCAGUCACCGAACCCACCGAUACAUAUCAGAGCCCACCCUUCACUGAAAACCUGGAAACCUCCAACGCCGCCCCAACCUACCAGGUGCCAAUUUACUAGAGGGGUGACGGCUCCACGUGCAAUGUCUGAAUCAGUGUGGAUGGUUGGCACUGGUCAAACUGAAGUGGUGUGACAAUGUUCAUAGGUAGUACUGUUCUGUGAACUUCUGUACAAGAAUAUGUUGAUUGUGAUUUUACUUUUGUUUGGAAUAUUACAUGUUAAUUUACCAGUUGGAUUAAAACUGAUGGAGGGGUAUCUGUUUCAAUGUUAUAUAGGUACACAGUAUGUUUGCAUGUUAUAUUUAGAGAGCUAUGAAGUGCCAUGCAACACAAAUAGUAACUUGUUUAUUCAGUUUCCAUAAGACUGAAUAUAAAGUGCGAUAUAUGAUGCAUGGAAUCAAUCAACUAAAGGAAGUUCUGUUUGUAAGGAUCUUUAACUAAAAGCUGCCAAAAUUGACUUAAGUGAGGUGUCUUCCUAUAGAGGGUUGAGUUCUGCUGUAGAUAAGCAUCUUAUAUAUCAAAGGGUAUCUCGGUGUAUAAAAAGAUAAACAUCAGUGUUUUGAUUUUGUAAUGGCACUAAGUGUGUUUUGUCUAGGCGUCAUGACAGUACAAAUCCAGAUUAACUUGGGUGGAUUUCUGUAGCUUAGGAUGUGUGAGUGUAUCAAACUAUUAAGGAUAAAUGUAUAUCACAGAGUUUUAUGUUGUUUUGAAAGUCAUUCGUUAUGUGACAUAAUAAAUUUGAUAAACACCAAAAUAUAUCUACUUAAUGAUAUGAUCAGCAUUUAAAAGAAAUCUUUUAUUAAUAUACAAACUUUGACAAUACAACACUUGGUACAUUUUUAAAAUUAAGUAUAAUUUAAAAUAAAUGCCACUGGUCUGCAAAACGACGUGUUCGGGACUAUGAAACCCUUCAACCAGUUGUCCGUCGUUUAAAAAAAAAGCUGUAUGUUGACCAUCGGUGCUUCAUCUGAUAUGUGGUAGAAUUUUGGUAAUGUUUCUGUGUUCAGAGAUAUACACAAAAUACUAGUGAUUGUACUUCAAUAUGUGUAAAUGGAGUAUGUCUGUUGAAGUGGUCAGGGUCUGUGUGUUUCCUGUACUUUACACUGCACUCCUCCUAAAAUUCCUCAUGGACCAAUUUUACUUAAUGUUUCAGAAAAUUUGAGGUAUGUUUUGCUGGUUCAAAAUUUGCACUACGAAAGUAGUAUUAUAGAUGAGGAGCAAUUGUAAAGUUAUUAAAGAUCAGUUAAAUGGCUUAUUUAAUGCUAAGGGGUGAAAUGCCCUAAAGUGGGACACCUAUGCUGAGGUACAUGAAUUGUGCAAGUAAACUACGGCAUCAAAAAAAAAAAAAAUCACAUGACCUCUCAAUGUUCAGUCAUAUAUGAAGGUGGAGCAAUCGUCGAAUAGGAAACGCAUUUUACUCUGAACUUAGGGCAAUUUUUAUGCCCCGUUGAAGGUCAAAGUGCAAAGUUUGCAGCAGUAAAAAUGCGUCAGAGACCUUGUCCAUGAUUCUUUUGAAACUUACAUAAUUUACUGUAUCUGCAGGCAAUAUAACCCAUCUUGUCAAUGAUUUAUUGUUGUCAAUCAAACCGUCUUCAGACUGCUGUUGUCAGACAUUAUGAAAAUAAAGAGACAUGUUUUUCAUGAGUGGA